CCCCGCCCCCUGGAGCGCCCGGCCGCUUCCGCGCAGGCGCAGUCAAGCUCUGCCGCGGUCAUGGCUUCCGAUCGCCUCCCGAGCCGGCCGUCCUGUCUGCUGGUGGCCAGCGGCGCGCCCGAGGGUGUGUCGGCUGUGUCCUUCAUGCAGAGCUUCCCCCUGGCCAGCUCCGCCUUCAGCCUGCAGGUGGCCACCCCUGGGGGGAAGGCCCUGGAGUUCGCGGACGUGGGCGAGAGCGCGGCGCGCUGGGUGCAGGACUUCCGCCUCAAGGCCUCGGCCAACCCCGCCAAGCUCGAGUCCAUCGACGGUGCCCGCUUCCAGGCGCUGCUCAUCCCCAGCUGCCCCGGGGCCCCGGCCGACCUGGCCAGCAGCGGCUCCCUGGCCCGCGUCCUGCACCACUUCCUCUCCGAGAGCAAGCCCAUCUGUGCGGUCGGCCACGGCGUCUCGGCGCUCUGCUGUGCCACCGGUGAGGACGGGGCCUGGGCCUUCCGGGGCUACAGCCUGACCGGGCCCUCGGUGCUGGAGCUGGUGCGGGCACCUGGCUUCGCCCGUCUGCCCCUGGUGGUGGAGGACUUCGUGAAGGAGGCGGGCGCCUGCUUCAGCGCCAGCCAGCCCGACGCCGUGCACGUGGUGCUGGACCGCCACCUGGUCACGGGGCAGAACGCCGGCUCCACCGUCCCUGCGGUGCAGAACCUCAUCUUCCUGUGCGGCGGCCGGUGAGGCGGGUGAGGCGGCGGCC